CCUGGGGCCCGCUGGUAGCGGCGGUGAGAAGGGUGGCGGCUGUGAGUAAGAUGCAGGGCGGGGAGGCGGAGCGAGAGGAGGAGGAGGAGCAGGAAGGACGGAAUGCAACGCUGGUACUGCUGACAGCCAUGCAAGGACUCGCUCUCUUGUACGGCAACGAGCCACUGUACGACGAGCUGGACCCCCUGGUUUGCGCGCACUUGCUGGGCACAUUGGAAAAGGCGUUAACGGUUGAUAACGGUGCAACAACUGGUAGGGACAAGAACAACAGCGCUGUAUCAGCACAGUACGAAUGGAACUUAUCGCGACGACAAAUGUACGACAUCAUUGCGAGUACUCCGCCGCCGUACGAAACGGAAUCCGAUGCAGUGGAUUACGGUGCGGUUGGCGAUGACGAGACCUCAACGAGGGCCCCGGCGGCGUCAUCGCUAUCCUCCACACUGCCAGCAUCGUCACAGCCGCCGUCGCCCUACUUUCCUCGUUUCUCCGAACAACACAUGGCCGUCAUCCAGUCGGCUCUGAAGCCG